AUGGGGUCCAAUACGGCCCCCCCAACGACACCGAAGAACCGCUUCCCUCCACCUCCGCCGCCUCGACGACCUCGCGAGCAUGAAUGCGCUCCGUCUCCGAACGGCCACACGGACCCGCACACGAUCGACUGCGUCGGCUACACCGACGACGUCCCCAACGCGCGCUACGGCCUGGUUUACCGCCGUGCCCCCAUCACCUCCCCCGACCUCGAUGCCCGCGUCGCCCUGGCGUGCACCCUCUCCGGCGCGCUCUGGUCUCUGCACUCGCUCGGCACGGGUCUGAGCCAGAGGCCGUACUGCAAGAGCUACGACGUCCACAACCUGGGUCUUGCUGGAGAUCGGGCUGUGGAAGGCGCUGCAGACGUAUUCUAA